CCUUGUUAAAUAUGUCUUUUAUUUUCAUAGAGCGUUUUAUAUCUGAGCAUACUAUAAUGGCGGUAUUUACUUCACAAGGACAAGUCGGUGGUCCUUGCAUUUACAUGCCUGCUACGAGGCGUCAAAAUCACCAAUGUCGUAAAGAGUUUGGUCUUCCAAAUGCAAUAUUCGAAGCUCGACGAUUAGCAACAUCCCACUGUGAAAGUCAAUUCAGAUAUGAUCGUUGGAAUUGUUCAAUUGAGACCCGAGGCAAAUGUAACAUUUUUAAAAAAUUAUACAAAGAAACUGCGUUCGUACAUGCACUUACUGCAGGAGCUUUAACGCACACUAUUGCACGAUCGUGUUCUGAAGGCCGAAUGACUAAGUGUAUCUGUGGCCCGAGGAAGCAAAAUAGAAUUGGUCAAGACUUUCAAUGGGGAGGAUGCAACGAUAAUUUGAAGCACGGCAAAAGAGUGACAAGGAGUUUUCUUAAUUUGAGGGACAGUGGCGAUGAUGAAGUUUCUGAGAUAUUGAGACAUGACUCAGAGGCAAGUACAAAAACGGAUAUUUAUAUUUGGGAUUAA